AUGCAAUCGACAGACUACUUUGGAAAUACCUUGGUUCCAACAGUCACCAUCGACACCAACAUCGCAUGCACCAACCCGGCCUUCACAGGCUCAUCUGGCACCAUUGUAACCUGUCUGGCACCCGCUGGCACUGGUGUUGGCCACACUGCCGUCGUCUCGAUCAACUCGAAGGCCUCCAACCCAGUGACAUUCGCCUACCAAGCACCAUCAAUCAUCUCUGCCAACCAGAAUCUGAAGGCCAUCACCGUCACUGGUGUCAACUUUGGAACUGAUGCCAGCAAGGUCACCGUAGUCUUUGGAGCCGCUGUCUCGAACUUCCCAACGUCGAUCACUGACAACCAAAUCGUUGCCAUCAUUCCAAAGGACGCGCUCAAUGGUGGCGUCCACGUGAUGGUCGAUACUCAGCCCUCAGCCACCAUUCCAUUCGACUUGACAUCCAUGAUCAACACAGUCAGCUCAGUACCAAUCACUGGAGGCGAGAUCACAAUCACCGGAUACUUCCUCAACUCGGUUCGCCAGAACAACGACCCAACCACCAAGUCAGUGACAUUGUUGCCAAGCGCUCCAUGCACCAAUGUCAACAAGAUUGCCGAUGCCAACAAUCAAGCACGCUUCACAUGUACCCUCCCAUCAGGUACUGGCUCCCCAACACUCAAUGUGACCAUUGACAGCAAGUCAUCAGUCUCUCAUGAGUUUGCCUAUGGCAGGCCAUCAAUCAACUCAGUCGUGGUUGAUGCCACCAACUUGAUCUCAGUCACUGGCACCAACCUGAUUGCCGUGGGAGUCAACACAUAUGUCAAAUAUGGUACUGUCAAUAUCACAUCAUUCUCAGUCUCCUCGGACAGCACCACGAUCUCAUUCCAUGCACCUGCCAAUGCCCUGGCCGACUUUAUCUACAUAACCGUGGGUGCCUCCACUUUGAGGUACUUCACGCCAUUGUACCCAAUCCUCAACUCGGUCACUGCCUCGCGAACAAUCGGCUCACAGGUCACGUUGACAGGAACAUACUUGAACUCAUUCAAUGCCGACUCGACCCAGACCACGAUGACCGUCACCAUCAAUGGAGUUUCAUGUGCUGUAACGGCUGAUACUUUGACCACCACCAAUGGAGUGAUCGAGCAGAAUGGUCAGACAAUCACUGUGAAUGGUGACAACUUUGGCGCAUCCACUCAUGAUGUUACUGCCCCAACUGGAAUGACCUGUAUCUCUGCCGCCCACACAUCGGUUGUGUUCUUGAUCCCAGCCGUCUACCAAUCCCAACCCAUCAGCAUCAGUGUUGGAGGUCAAUCAGUGUCUGGCAUCUUUGUCGUCACUCCAAUCGUCAAUGAUGUUGCCGCCAUCCACGCAGAUGGAGGUGAUGUCGUGAUCAGUGGAUCAUACCUCAACUCUCAAUCUGCCAACGGUACCGCCACCACUAUGGCCAUCACCUUUGGUCCAAUGAACUGUGCGCUCAAGUAUGCUUCCCAAGAUGGAUCAUCACUCACAUGUACACUCGGUGCCAAGUCGAUCUUUGAAGGAGCCAUCUCAGUGUCGAUUGAUAACAAGGUUGCCUCAACCGUGUCCACCUACACAUCACUCCCACCAACCGUCACAUAUGCUUCCUCAGUCCCACCCACCGGUGGCCAGGUCACCAUCCAGGGUACCCACAUUGUUAGUCCAUACUCAGUCACCGUAGCCGGCCUGGCAUGUACCAAUGGUGUGCUUACCGGAACCACAACCAUUGUCUGUUCGCUCCCAUCUGGUGGAGCAGCUGCCCAAGUGAUAACUGAGGCUCUUCCAGUUGUCGUCUCCAACGACCAGAUCUCAGCCACGGCCAACGUAUUCCUCUACAGCCGCUACAACUGUGACUCUCAAUGUGUGAAUAGUGGCACCUGCCAAGAAGGAUAUUGUGUGUGUCCAACUGGAUUCUCCGGCCCAACUUGUGCCGAGGCUGUUGACAGCAUUGUACAGCCAUCGCUCGACCCAUCCAAGGUCACAUUCCCAGUGGCCUCGCUCGUCAGCUUCACCUCCCAGAUCGCCUACAUCCAAGAGUAUGACAACAAUGCCAACCAAGUGGUGUCAAUCAUCACCAUCAUUGGUGCCUCAUGGUCUGAGUCUGCUCCAUCGACCUAUAACGCCACAGUCCAGGGCGUGUCAGUCCAGGUCAAGACAGACUUCUUCAACUCGGCCUCUGAAGUUGAGUACGCUGGUGAGACCAUCCCAGUGCCCGCUGGUGGAGUCAAGCACACUGUUGCCAUCUCUGGUUGGGAGUUCACUUCCCAAGCAAAUGUAUUGAGAGUGAUCUAUGAGUCUCAGACACCAUCAACAUUCAACUACAACUGCUCCACUGCCUCAACAUCAGUGGUACCAUUUGACAAUGUCAACAUGCCAGCGUCAUUCACAUUGGACUCACCAGUUGGAUUCAUGUUGGUUCACUUCUCUGAUCGUGCAUACGUUGAUUCCCAAUUGUACCAGAUCCAGGUUGUCCAAGACACCACACUUCCAGCCAUCGAUGGAACCACCGUCACUCGUUAUGCAGUUGUCACACCAUCAUUCACCAAUACUCUUAUGUUUGAUCCAGUGUUUGUUGCAUACCAGAGACCAUCCAUCAUCAUCAAUCCCAACUGCAACCCAACUACCUCAACCUCCACUGGAACACCUACUUCAACAUCCACUACAACAGCCGAUGGAACUACCUCGACUACAACUUCAGCAAUUACCACCGAGUCUGGUAGUACUACCACCACCACCGAUGGUGCCACUACCACUGGCACUAUCUCUACAACUGAUGGAACUACCUCCACUACCUCCACUACUUCCCCUGCUUCCACCACAUCCACUACCACCCAGGCCGGCACUACUACCACCCCAGGCACCACUGGAACUACAUCCACGACCACCACCAACUUAGCCACUACCACUGGCACUAUCUCUACAACCGAUGGAACUACUUCCACUACUUCCCCUGCCUCCACCACAUCCACUACCACCGAGUCUGGUACUACUACCACCCCAGGCACCACAACAACAGCUGCUCCUUCUACCACCAGCACCACACAAAGCGGCACUACGACCACAUCAUCAUCAUCAUCAACAACAACUCUGUCCACCACCACUGGACUCAAUGCAUCAAGAUCACUCCAUCCAUGA